GUCCUACCGGUCAAUCUGCGAGUUUUUAGCUUUCUUACUUUGCCAAAUCAAACAAACUAUUCUAGACCCGGUCUAGUAUAGUUUGACCGGUCAAGUAAUUUACACCAUCAUUUUUGGCGCCACCCGUGGGACCGUUAAGGUUUCUUCUCCUAAACACAAACCUACCCACCAAAACACCACUCGAAAUGUCUUCCAGCCAACAAAUCAACGCUACUUCCGCUCAGGUGCAAGCCACCAAGGAGGGCGCCAGCAUCCCUGUGGCUGCUACCAUACCGGUCAUUUCUCCCCCGGUGUUGCCUUUGGGUCUGAGCUCUGUCUCGACGGCCAGCGUGAUCAGUCCCUUCGUGACCCCCGUCCCUUCCGCUGGACCGAGGGUAACGUUCCCACCAAGCAUGACUCAGUUCAUGAAUGACUCAGCCAACCUACAGGCCAUCCAGGGCUUUGGCCAGGUCAUGGCCAUGUGCCAGCAGAACGGGGGGAUGCCAUUCCUCCCUGGUAUGUUCCCAUUCGCCCUUCCAGGCGCGGGGACCAUGCCCCUACAAGCUCCGAUGGUGGUGACGUCGUUCCAGACGCCGGUGCCACAACCAUCACCUUUCCAGCCCCAGCUGGUCAGCACCAUGGCCCCUGUCAACUUGGCCGGCGCACUUAACGGCGCGGGGCCGUCGCGUCCCCCGCAAGCUACGGAUCCGCAGGUCACUCCUGAUGGCUUCACGGGGGACACCGUUGAGGCUGAAGGAUCCAUAGUUCUACCGGUCGAACUAGGAUCAGGUGAAAAGACCGUGCGGAAGAAGAUGCGGUUCAUAGUUGUGGACAUCAAAUGCGUCCACAACGCAAUUCUAGGAAGGCCAGGCAUCAAUAAAGUCGGGGCGGUGAUUUCCAUGCCUCAUCUAUGCAUGAAGUUCCACACUCCAAGUGGUGUGGGUGAGGUGAAGGGCGACCAGAGGAACGCCCGGGAGUGCUAUGCCCGGGCAGUCAAGAAAAUGACCAGGGGGGUUAAUGUCAUCUCCCAGGAGAUCACAAAGGGAGAGACCCGGGAGAAACUGGAGCCCGAGGCUGAGACGGUGGAAAUCGAACUUCACCCGGGUGAUUCUUCCAGGAUGGUCAGAAUUGGAGCAAAUCUCCCCGAGGAUCUCAAGGAGCAGAUUACACGGGUCCUCUAAGAAUACACGGGCAUAUUCGCGUGGAGCGUGACGGAUAU